AUGAUAGAAAAUAAAGUUUCAAACUUACAACUUGGUUCAACAAUAUUAGUUGAUACAUGGGAGUAUUUGCAGCUUAUAUUUUCACAACCUUGCUAUGAAUGUAGUGAAAAUAUUUUAGAAAAUAAAAAAUUUAAAUUUCAAUCAGCCAGAUUCAUAAUUAAAAGUGUAAUAAAAUGUAUUAUAUGCCAACAUAAAAAUAAUUAUUCAAAUAAAAGUUCAAAUAUUAACUUUUCAAGUACUAUGGCUGCUGCUGUAGCUGGAAUAUUUUGUGCUGGAUUAUAUACAUCUAUUGAGUCUACAAUUAAUCUUGAAGAAAAAAUAUUCAAAGAAAUUGCAAUAGUUACUCAAACAUAUGCAUGGUCAGGUGAACCAAUACCAAUAAUAUGUAAAAGAUGUAAUAAUUGUUUAAGACAUUCUCAAGAUAAACUGGAACUGCAAAAUGUCUUUAAUGAAAUUAAGGAGAUAUUGGAUAUUGUAGAAAUGUUAUGUGCAAACUUUACAAAAGAAAUACAACCAACUGAUGUAGUAGAUGUAUUUCAUCAUAAUCAAAAUGCAAGUGUCCAAAAGGAAGGGUUUAAUGAACUUCUAUUUUACACAGAUCCUAUAAAAUCAAGCAAACCAAAAAUACUGAAAAAUAGCGAUUUAACCACACUGGCACUUACUGACUUAGUGGUUCAUGGUUUG